UUAUUCAGGGAAAGUUUUACGGCGUCGCUUUGCUUAAAACACUGAGUCUUGAGAAAUGUACAGUCCCUUUGAGUCUGUCAGCCAUUUCUCGACGUCGAAAAAACCCUAGCGAAGCUGAAACAACAAUUAGACUGAAAGAAGAAGAAGAAGAAGAAGCGAUCCGAUCAGAAUGGCAAUGGCUGCAUUGAGACGUGAAGGAAGUCGUUUUGCCGUCAAUCCCAACAUCCUCCGCUCUUCUAUCCUUCCUUCAGAGGAACCAGUUUCAUCAGGCGUUCGGUAUAUUUCAACUCAAAUUGUCAGAAAUCGGAUGAAGAGUGUCAAAAAUAUCCAGAAGAUUACAAAGGCUAUGAAGAUGGUUGCUGCUUCAAAGCUUAGAGCUAUUCAAACUAGAGCUGAAAAUUCACGCGGACUAUGGCAGCCAUUUACUGCACUUCUUGGCGACACUCCCAGUGUUGAUGUGAAAAGGAAUGUUAUCAUUACCGUCUCUUCGGACAAAGGUCUUUGCGGUGGAAUUAAUUCUACAUCUGUCAAGAUUAGCAGGGCUCUUCAUAAGCUAAAUUCUGGUCCUGAAAAGGAAAAUAAAUAUGUUGUCUUGGGGGAAAAGGCCAAGGCUCAGUUGCUGCGAGAUUCAAAGGAGGACAUUGAGCUGAUCAUGACUGAGUUGCAGAAAAAUCCUCUUAACUACACGCAGGUUUCUGUCAUUGCAGAUGACAUCUUGAAGAAUGUGGAAUUUGAUGCAUUGAGGAUCAUUUAUAACAAGUUCCAGUCAGUAGUCGCAUUUUUGCCAACAGUGUCUACUGUUCUUUCACCAGAGGUUGUGGAGAGAGAGGCUGAAUCCAGUGGAAAGCUUGGGGACCUCGACUCUUAUGAGGUUGAAGGCGCUGAGACGAAGGCUGAAGUUCUUCAGAAUCUUACUGAGUUCCAGUUUUCAUGUGUUUUGUUCAACGCAGUGCUGGAGAAUGCUACAAGCGAGCAAGGAGCAAGAAUGUCUGCCAUGGAUAGCUCCAGUAGAAAUGCUGGUGAUAUGCUUGAUCGUCUGACUCUCACUUACAACAGAACCCGUCAAGCAUCGAUCACUACAGAACUAAUAGAGAUCAUAUCAGGAGCAUCAGCACUGGAGGGUUAGUUGGAUGGCCUCUUUUUUUUCCUUGAUGGUGACGAAAUAAAAAGGAUAAAAUGUUUAGGCUUCUUUUACACCAUGUGGUGACAACCUUUUUUUGUUUAUUUGAUUCGUUAAUAAUAUCCUGCUUAACUUUGUUUCUGGGUGGAAAUCAUCAGACAAGCCAUUUUUAUAUGUUUCCUUCUGUUCAUAUCAGGAAUUUAUGCUGUGGAAGUUAUUUUGACAA